UGCGUGGACCACUUGUCGAGUCAACGCGGUUGUGACCGCCCGCGCGAACGUAACUGUCUCUCGCUCCCGAAACUGCUAACGUGAAACUAAUUUUAAGUUCCAGAACACUAUAAGUUAUGUUAGUAAAAAUGUUUUUACACGAUGUGACUUGAAUUGAAUAAUUGUUUUAAUCAGUACAACGUUUAAUUUAACUCAUAGAAAAAGUUUUCUAAACUUAUUGUAGUGAAAAAAAUUUUUUCUUGUUUUAAAUUUUUUCUUUUUGUUAAAAAGUGAGUAUUUUGUUUUGUUUACAAUGUGUUUGAUGACUUUUAAAUGUUUUAAAUAAACAAGAGGAGGCAGAAAUCUUGUAAUAAGUCCUACCGCUGCAUAUUAGAAUCAGAAACAACCAUGGAUUUGGAGUUUGUGGAAGAAAUGGGGGAGCUGACUACUCCUCGAACUUUCACCACAGUAUUUAUUUCCGACGACACUAGUCAGAACCUCUCGAGGAACUAUACAAAUGCCACUAAUGGGAAAGUUGACCUGAAUUACUACUACUUUUAUGAUACAAUACAAUUCACCGUGAUGUGGGUGUUGUUCGUUGCCAUCGUAGUACUCAACACCUCAGUCAUCGCCGCACUAAUAUGUACCAAUGCGAGGAAAAGUCGGAUGAAUUUCUUCAUAAUGCAAUUAGCUAUAGCUGAUCUAUUUGUGGGCUUAAUUUAUGUAUUCGUGGAUAUUAUACAGAAGAUCACGAUAGCGUGGUUAGCCGGGGAGUUUAUGUGCAAAAUAGUCAAAUUUCUGCAGGCUGUGGUUAUGUACGCAUCUACAUAUGUAUUAGUCGCACUCAGUAUUGACCGCUGCGAUGCCAUCACAAACCCCAUGAACUUUUCAGGAAGUUGGAAUCGAGCUAGAGGUCUUAUUGUGUCAGCUUGGCUGAUCAGCAUCGUCUUUUCUAUACCACUCCUCAUUCUGUACGAAGUAAGAGAAGUACAAGGCGAGCUCCAGUGCUGGAUAGAUCUAGAAACUCCAAGAAGAUGGCAGAUUUGGAUGACUCUCGUGUCGGUGAUGAUCUUCGUGUUACCAGCCCUGGCCAUAGCAGCGUGUUAUGCCGUCAUUGUGCUGACAAUAUGGACCAAGAGCAAAGCAGUAGUCAUGAGCCCACCUAUCAAUUCUAGAAGAACGAAAACAAUGCGAAAUGGGCAGGUGGAGAGUGACCCGGAUUCCCGUCGAGCCAGCUCCAGAGGGCUUAUACCUAGAGCAAAAAUUAAGAGUGUCAAAAUGACAUUCGUCAUUGUAUUCGUGUUCGUGCUGUGCUGGUCACCGUACAUCGUGUUUGAUCUAUUACAAGUCUACGAUCAAAUACCAAGAACGCAGAAUAGUUUGGCGUUAGCCACGCUUAUACAGAGUUUAGCUCCGCUGAAUUCAGCCGCUAACCCGCUGAUAUGUUGCAUGUUCUCCCCACACAUUUAUGCUAGCCUAAGGCGCGUGCCGCCAUACCGGUGGUUGUGGUGCGGCCGGCGCCAGCGACGCGGAGGGCGCGGUACGCUGCGUUCUCGUUCCGAUUCCACAGCCAACUCCGACCUUCUCAGCUCCACGCACGCCAGGCGUUCACAUUCUGUUGCUACGAUAUUGAAUAGAACGAGGAGUGGCAGCGUAUCCCGCGUGCAUUCGGAUCCUCGCCGCACACAGCUUCUCGUGUUGGUAUCAGCACGCGAUUGACGUCGGGCGGGCAGCAGAGCGACAGGCGGAGCGAUGAGCGGAGCGAUAAACGGCGCGGGGCGGUCGACGUUACAUGACAUAGCACUUGAUGUGAUGCUCUAGCAUCAACCAGAGGGGACCGCCCCACAUGUACGCUGCUAUAUUCGUAGACGCUGGAUACAACAGUAAAUCUAUGAACAAACAUGACUUCUGAACGUUGAACAGGGCAAAAGAUGUGAAUUAUUUAAUAUAUCUUAUGUAAAAGUCGGCUAUAUGUACUUAAGGACUGAGGUUUGUAAUGUAGACUUUACGUAAUAAUUUUGUGGUUAAAUGCAUUAUUAUAAUAUACGUAAUUUAUUGUCCGUCAUACUUUUAAGUAAUUUAUUUUAUAAUUAUGUUUUUAAAAUAUAUUUUAACUCAUCUCUGUUCCUUAUUAAGUACAAAUAUAAAUUUUUUUUUAUAUGAUAAGGAAACAAACUCACAGCUUUCCUGAUGAGAAGCGAUAACCAAGCACCAUGUACAACACAAGGUUCUCAUGGUACCCAUCAUGUAUUGCCAUUCUUAAGGACU